AUCUGAGCAGGACAGGCAGAGCUACUGCUUUUCUGUCCGCUCUCAUUUCUCCAGGACUGACUGGAAGUCUGGAAGACACAAGAGCAUUUCUUGAUGCUUUGAAUUACUGUGUUUACCUUUUACCAUCUCCCUUUGUGUGUUUUUGACUAUCUGUCAGAGACGUUUAGAUACCACUGCUCCUUUUCAACAAUGUAGGAUCCCUCAGCUUCUUUGGGUGCCCACGUCUGCUUGGAGAUCAGCUUCAGAACUGGUGGAAAACCAACUGUUUUCAGGUUGCUUUGAUUUAUUUUGUGCUGCAUUGAGAAUGUUUGUGCAAGAAGGCUCCUCUGGAAUGGUCUGAGAGAGGAUAUUAGGAACGCAAGCUGGGCAGUGUUUUGCUUAAUGUUCUCCGUAAAGCAUUUGAAAUGAAAAGCUGUAUAUAGACAUAAACAAGCAUAAAAAAUAAAGAUUUUUGGUGCACGAUGCUGCCGGGGGAGAUUAUUUUGCCUCUUCUGCUGCUCAGUGUGGGACUUUGCCAAAGUUUCCCACAUUACUCAUACGAUGACAUGGACGAUGACUUGGCCAUGACCUUCGACUACUACAAGGACACGGACGAGGUGGAUUACAGAAACGGGAGCGUUUGUGAGGAGUGCAUGCCGGAGCUCUGUCCCGAGACGCGAGGCUGCAGAGCCGGGCUGGUGCGGGACAGCUGUGGAUGCUGCUUUGAAUGUGGAAACCUUGAGGGUCAGUCGUGCGAUCUGGGGGACAAGAACAUCCACUACGGAAUAUGUGGAGAGGGCAUGGAGUGUAAGCUGGACCCCAGGCAUGAAGCGUAUGAAGACGAGGGUGUCCACGACGCCCAGUGCGUUUGUGUUUCUCAAGAACCGCUGUGUGGAUCUGACGGCAGGACGUACAUGAACCUCUGCAAGUUCAAAGAAGCAGCGUUUGUGAGUCCUGGACUCAAUGUGAGCGAUGGCCCGUGCAAGACAGUUCCUAUCAUAAAGGUCCCGCCGCGUAACUUGGUGAACGUGACCGGCAGCAGUGUGGUGUUCCUCUGUGAGGUGUUUGCCUUUCCCAUGGCCCUCGUGGAGUGGAGGAAGGAUGGGAAGGAGGUGAUUUUACCUGGAGAUGAUCCUCACAUAUCUGUCCAGUCCAGAGGAGGCCCUCAGAAGUAUGAGCUCUCAAGUUGGCUGCAAAUUGAAGAAGCUAGUCGGGUAGAUUCGGGUACCUACAGAUGCACCGCCAGGAAUGAACUCGGUGACGUCUCAGCUACCGCCGUGUUGGGGAUUUUGCCACCAGAUGAGAUGUCUGCCUAUAUAGCAGAAAACAUCAAAGACUUGGCUGGAUACGAUCAAAUGAGAUACUACGAGACUGGAGACUACUACUGACUCACUUCAGAUCCAGAAAAAGAAAAACACAAAUAGACAUCACAGUCGAUCUGAAAAGACAUCUCAGCGAGAAACUUUGUGUAAGUCUGCAAAAACAUCUCCUGACCGGGGAACGUUGGUGGAACACUGGGGGAACAUUUCAGCCAGUGUGAAAUCCCCCAGCACAAUCCACUGAGGAGAAACAAAAACACACAGAGACCCCAAAGAGGCAAAGGUGGAGAAGAAGGGUUGGGGUGGGGGGGGUGGGGGGUCACCCUGCUGGGACUGGAGCAGCUAGCAGCUUGGAGGUUUUAUUAGGAUACGAGUGAGGAUGAAUGUCUCUUUUGUUUUAAUGUCCCCUUGUGACCAACUGUGUGAAGAACACUGCCAAACUCAGACAUUCCAAGCAGAAAAGUGUCACCGUUUGUUCGAGGUUUUGUCCGGACUGUCCUGCCCGCUGCAACUCUUUCUACAGUCUCUAUUUUGGUUUCGUCCUCGAGCGCCAAGUCGUAACAUAUCCUUUCCCGUCUUCUUGAGUGGAAAGCAUCGGCGUCUAUGUUUAUAUAUUUUUCCAUAUGUGGCAAUAUGUGUGCAUGGCUGCGAGUCCGAUUUUUUGCGGGAGCCCACAGCUGUUUUUCCUUAAGACCUUCUGUCUAAAGGCCUCAGCACAGACUUCCUAUUCUCCUUUUCAUGUGCCUUCAAGGUGCGGACCCUCAUCUCCUUUAAUAAAAAACAUGAGCCACUGUGAACGAGACACUAACAUAGCAAUCUUACCACCCUAUAAUUUUUCCUCUCUUUAAUUGGCUGGUUCGGUCCUCACUCCUGAAGCCUGUGGAUACAUAGCAUAGCAAAUGAAGUGUUCGCUCAUUUUGUCCAUUCAUGUUUUCAGAUGGAAUAUAUUUAUAAUAACAGGUACGCUGCGUAAUGUAUAGGUUAGUUUUUGAAUAUUAGAGCACACAGAUUUCUAGACAGAGUCUACUUUAAAUGUAGAGUCAGCAGUGCUUAAAUCAGUUAUUUGAAGCAGUAAAGAAAAACUUUGACCGGGUACUUUUAUGCAGUACCUUGCUUUUAAAGACACUAGACUAAAUAAAGGAGCAGUAAUCAAAUACGUCCUCUGGGUCCAUUCAUACGCCUUUCUGCAGAACUUUCAACUGUUAAAGUAAUUAGACCUGAGCCAAGUGUAAAACACUCCACAGUAGGAGCCUAGUGGAACGGUCUGGUUCUGUUUAGCCUUAAACAGGAGUGAUUCAGCAGUAGGGCUGAUAUAUUAUACCUGGCGCUGAUGCAGUAAUAAAGUACUGAUCCUUCUUGAGUGCAUGCUCUGUUCUUACAGGUGGUUAAGUGUUCUCCGCUCCAACACGGUUUUUGUAAGAUGUAAAAGGACACUCCUGUCCAAAAUGAGAAAUUUAACCUACAUUUGAUAUAAACAUGUCUGUUCACAUCCUGGAGUGGUAAUGAAGUAGAGUCU